AAUUAAAACAGGCGAUUGUAUCGAUGAUGUUAAGAAAAGAUGAAGUUGAAGAACGUAACAGAUCAUUACAACAACAUUUGGAAAAGAGAUGAUGAAGUCAGCUUCUCUUCGUCUUCAAUUAGAAGAUUUAAAAAGAGAUAUGUCGUCGAAAAAUGAAGAAAAUUGCGUCGCUCUUAACGGCUUAAAAAGUGAAAAUGAUUUGCUCAAAUACCAACUAAAGAAAUACGUGGGUGCUGUUCAAUCGUUGAAAAGAAAUGACAUUAUGGAAGAAGCUCUAGAAAAUGAAAGACUUUCUUCUAUCAUUCUUUCUCCGGAGUCUGACGUCGACGAAGUGAGAAAGGAAGGAAACAAAGAUUUUGAGCGGAAGUUGAUCCAAGUCGCUGAUAUGCAUGGCGAACUUAUUGAACUCAAUGAAAGACUACAAAAAAUGUUGAAUGCUCGUGAAUAUCAGCUAAGAAUAUUAAAAGAAGAGCUUGUCAAUCUUAGAGGACCGCUUCCUCAGGACAAUAAUCAUGAUGAAUGUUUAUAUUUGACGGAGUUUGGUCCAAAUUUCAUGUCUGUCAAUACUCGUCCUUUAAUUAACAUUUGGAUUCCAUCUGUUUUUGUACAAGGAAAGUCUCCAAACAUUCACCAUUCUUAUCAGGUUUAUAUCCGUAUCAAAGACGAUGGAUGGAAUGUUUACAAAAGAUACUCGGAUUUUUAUGCCCUACAUAAGAAGACAAGCAAGCAGUUUAAACCUGUUGCACAAUUCACGUUUCCCGCGAAGAAAAUUAUUGGAAAUCGUGACGUCAAUUUUGUGGAAACACGUCGGAAACAAUUGGGAAAUUACUUGAGAAAAUUGAUCAAUUAUAGUCUGGGUGCUGUUCCAGAGUUAGGCAAACUUCAACGGUAUCAUCUGUUUCAACGACGACAACGACAAAACAAACUGUUCCUCCUACACAUAAUGGUUUAUAGGUAAAACUUGUAGGAUGUCUGUCGAAAAAAACGGAGCAUAGAAAUUGUAUAAGUUAUAUUGUAUAUAUAUAACAUACGUAUAGUUCAGUAUAUAUAAAUAUAAUAUGUCUACAAAGUAGAAGAAUUUCCUGAUGCAUCAACUUCAACGACUCUUUAUUGUAUGUGUUAUAUAUAGAUAUAAUUUGUCAGUAUUUGCUAGUAUAUAUUAGUACUUAAUACUGGGUUUUAACAAGUUAAAACAUAAUAUUUAACUUGAAAUGAAAACAAUCGUAUAUUAAAUACAUCACACGAAACCUA